AGGAGGGUUAUCUAUACAUUUAAAACCAAGCCGCCUGCGCCGCGCUGGGAAGACCUGGGGAGCGUCUGGCCGCACGCGCAGGACACGAGCGCCCCACGCUCCGAGGCGCGCGCGGCCUGCCACCUCCUGGCCUCCUGAGCCUCGCUGCCCCUGGGCCCCAGACGACCUGGAGCGCGUGCCCCGGGGAGUCGCUCUGCGGCACAGUGCCAGGGCCUCCCUGGGGGUUCUGUCGUCCUCCUACCGGCCCCCGCCCCCGUCCUCUGUCCGCCCCUCCUGCUGCGCGCGGGGGCUCGGAGGAGUUGCGGGACGAGUGGAUGCGGGCGCGAUGGACAGCGGCGCGCUGCCCGGGCCCGCGCCCUCCGUGCCUGGCGUCUCGGGCGGCUGCGUCCCUCGGCGGCGACCCACAUCCCCAGAGCUGCUGCGCUGCAGCCGGCGGCGACGGCUGGGCGCGACGGAGAGCGGGGGUGGCGCGGCGGCCGUGGCGCGGCGCAAUGAACGCGAGCGCAACCGCGUGAAGCUGGUGAACUUGGGGUUCCAGGCGCUGCGGCAGCACGUGCCGCACGGCGGCGCCAGCAAGAAGCUGAGUAAGGUGGAGACGCUGCGCUCGGCGGUGGAGUACAUACGCGCGCUGCAGCGCCUGCUGGCCGAGCACGAUGCUGUGCGUGCCGCGUUGGCCGAGGGGCUGCUGGCGCCAGCCGCGCGCCCCUCCGCGUCCUGCGGGCCCCCGGGGACCCCUGCCGCCGCCCUAGGCUCGCCUUCUUGCGCUUCGUCGUCCCCGGGCGGCGGGGGCAGCUCGGAACCCGGCUCGCCACGCUCCGCCUACUCCUCGGACGACAGCGGCUGCGAGGGCGCGCUCAGCCCCGUGGCGCGCGAGCUGCUCGACUUCUCCAGCUGGUUAGGGGGCUACUGAGCGCUCCGCCCCCAGAGCAGCCGCCCUGGACUCCGAGCGGCCAGCAAGCUCACCACCUGGGAGCCAGGUGAGUGGCCCGCGCCUCGGGCCCACUGUCCCCGCGGGCGAAGCCACACCGAGCCAGGACUCCGCCGACAGGUCGCCUGUGCCGUCCAGCCUGACCAACUGCGCAUGUGGAAAGGGUCCCCGCCUGACCCCGCCCAGCUGGCAGUUUCCUCAGACCCCCACCAUCCUACCCAGGGAGGUUCUCCACUGGGUAGGGCUGGGGCACCACCACGGAGGUUUCUGGAGGGGAGAGGGUUUUCUAACUACACAGAACUGCUCUGCUGUGCCUAUUAGUUUGAACUGCCCAGGAACACCCGCCAUAUGAAGACUUAUUUUUGUACCAAAAAAAAAAAAAAAUCCCCAGACUUGGAACACAAUAAAGAUGUCUACUCCCGC